CUUCUUUCAAAUCAUAUUAUUUAUAAACUUACUAUAAGCCAUUAAACUAAGAAUUAAAUUUAUAAACUUGGCCUUGAAAAUAUACACUUCAGCUUUAUUAUUUUAUAUAGCUGAAGUGUAUAAAAUUAUACAAUAAAUAACCAUAAUGAACUUACGAGAAAUUUAAUAUGAUAACUAAAUAAAAUUGUUAUUUAUUGGUAUACUUAAAUUUGUAAUCUACACGCUAGAUUGUUAUUUUGAAAUAUUAGUAAUAAUUAAUAAAGGAAAAAAAUGAGUGAUUCAACUGUAAAACCCAUAGAAGACCCAAAGGUAGUCAUGGAAUUAGAGGGUAAAGCCAAAUUACGAAAGUGGCUAAAUAUGAAUUUUAGAAUAGAGAUGACAGAUGGAAGAGUCCUUAUAGGAGUAUUUUUGUGUACUGACAGAGAUGCCAAUGUUAUUUUAGGAGCUUGUUCAGAAUAUCUCAAAGGUGUAGAUGGUGAAACUGAGGAGCCACGGGUGUUGGGUCUAGUCAUGGUACCAGGGCGUCACAUUGUGUCUAUACAGAUUGAUGACACAACACCAUCUCAAAAAUAUUUCUUUGACGAAUGACAAAAAAAUACUGUAAAAUUUAGGUAAUAUAAAUAAUAACAAAAAAGUUUAAUUAAAUAUUUUUGUUUAAUUUAAGAUUGUAUUUUAGUUAACUUCUGCAAUGUUAGUUUUAAUAAAUCUUUUUCAAGAUAAAUAUUUUUGGAAUCAUUAGAAAAUGGAUUAUAUUCAUUAUGUUUACUUGCACCUAUUGAGUCAACAAAACUUAACAAAUCAUUGCAAAUUACUUGAAUACUCU